AUGGACUCCAGCAAACUUUUUACUCAAGAUAUAAUCCAGAAAGGGGUUUACUAUGCGGUGGUAAAAUUAAGCAGCGACUCUCCAGUUUUUACAGAAGCACGGCGGAUUUGGAAUGCUUUGACUGAUAAUUAUGGUAACGUAAUGCCAGUUGACUGGAAAUCUUCCCACACCAGAGCUUUGCACUUGCCAACACUGAAUCUUUCAGAAAAAGGGGUAAAUGACAACUUGAAUCUUGACCUGUCAGAUGAUGAAGAGCUGAGAGAACAGUUGGAUAUGCAUUCUAUCAUUGUUUCCUGCAUCAAUGAUGAACCACUUUUCACAGCAGAACAGGUGAUUGAAGAAAUAGAGGAGAUGAUGCAGGAAUCACCUGAUCCAGAAGAUGAUGAAACACCCACCCAGUCAGAUCGGCUCUCCAUGCUUUCCCAGGAAAUUCAGACGCUCAAGAGAUCCAGUACAAACAACAGUUAUGAAGAAAGAGUAAAAAGAUUGUCUGUUGCUGAGUUAAAUGAACUACUAGAAGAAAUUGAGACUGCCAUUAAGGAUUAUUCUGAAGAGCUGGUACAGCAGUUGGCCUUACGAGAUGAGUUGGAGUUUGAGAAGGAAGUGAAAAACAGCUUCAUUUCUGUCCUCAUUGAAGUACAAAAUAAACAGAGAGAGCACAAAGAAACAGCAAAAAAGAAAAAAAAGCUGAAAAAUGGUAGUCCUCAAAAUGGCAAACAGGAAAGAGGUCAUAUGCCUGGAACGCGCUUCAGCAUGGAAGGGAUCUCAAAUGUCAUACAGAAUGGCCUCCGCCACACGUUUGGAAACUCAGGUGGAGAGAAACAGUAUUUAACAACCGUCAUUCCUUAUGAGAAGAAAAAUGGACCCCCAUCUGUUGAAGAUCUUCAAACAUUAACCAAAAUCCUUCACGCCAUGAAAGAGGAUAGCGAGAAAGUGCCAAGCUUGUUAACAGACUAUAUUUUAAAAGUGCUGUGUCCAACAUGAAGAGGGCUGCCUUUCUUCAGAAUUAGCCAUGCUCCUUCCUUUGAUGAGAAGCUUUUCUGUGGAUAUAACUCAUAGUAUCUUUUUCAUUUGGCACUAUGCCUAAGCCAGUAUGCGUUUACCUCCUCUGUGUGUGUGUGGAUGUUCUGAUCCUACAGUAAGUCUUCUGGGCAUGACAACUCGUCCACAUAAACUAAAUAGUGCAAUGAACUGGAGCAGGGAACAAACACUGUACAGUUUUACUCACAUUGUUCUGGCUUUUUAAAGUCUAUUUUUACAUUGUAUAGCAUGUAGUAAAUCCUCCUGCACAUUUUGUUAUUGGAAGGAAAAGUAAACUUUGAAUAGUGUAAAUAAAAUAAGCCUAGUUUUAAGGAAUCUGUAUUUAAAACCAUCUUUAGUUCUUAUAGCAAAAAUGCAAAAAGGAUCAUACUCAAGCUUGCACUUAAGAAUUCAGGUGAGUUUUUCAGGAAGCACUCCGGGACAAUGUUGAUGGAAAUCGAUAUUCAACACUUCUUUUAAAAUAGUAACUUAGGGUUGAACUAUACAACAGUGUUGUUCAUAAAGUGAACAAAUCCAGAUUCUUUGACAGUUUUCCUUAAGUAAUUGGUAUGUUACCUACCCGUGUUGCUUAACGCAAACUUCAAACCAACAUAAUAUUUCUAUAUUUAUUGGUUUUAUUUUAAUUAUUAAUGUUCAUGUGGAUGACAUUUUCCCAUAUUGCUGCUAUACUUCUACUGUUCUUAAGUGUUUGAUUUUAAUGAAAAAGCUUCAAUGUAUAAACAUUUUAAAAGGUUGUAUCUUUUUAAAGUUAUAUGUACAGUUAAAAAGACAUGCACCGAGGUUCCAAGUGGGUAUUAUAUUGAGACUUUUGUCAUUGUGUAUCUCUAAGUUUUACUACAAAUCUCUCUUGUAAAUUGUAUGCACUGUCUCCUCUGUGAUGAUGUAUCUGCAUUCAAACAGAUGAGAAUGUUUUUUUUUUUUUUUUUUUACAAAUUCUGUAAAACAAACCUACCCCAUAACCUCAACAUUAAAAACUUGUCACAAGUCACUUUGCUAGUCUUAAAGAUUAGAUUGAUAUGUAAAGAGUACUAAUAAAAAUAAAGGAGCUAUUUUCUAGGUCGAAUUCCUAUGAAUUCUACACCCAGCUCUACCUACUGUGUGUAUAAGAACACUGGAAGAUAAGUUUCUAGAGAUAAACAUAUGUCUUUUCUUCAAGCGUUUGUUUCUGUUUAAAGUCUUUAGUGUUUUUUUUUUAACUGAGGAAAAAUUUGUUCCUGAAUACUUUCACAGUAUCUUUUUUUUUUUAAUCUGCCUAAUAUAACAAGUAUUCAUUUUGAUUGAUAAAACACAUUCAUUUUGAAAAUAACACUUGGCAUGGUUUUAAUAGCACUUUCUCUAUUUUUUGUUUUUUCUUUUUUUUUCCUAGAAGCCUCGCUAUUUUGUCUUUUGUGCCUCUUACUGUUGUAACCGUUUGCAAAAUUUUUAGAAUUUAAAAUUCUUCUCCCCUUACACCACCUCACCACCAACUUGCCAGCCUGACCUGAAAUAAUAGAUUUCCUGAAUAAGUGUGCCAUAUCUGAAGGACUUUUUGUUUGCUUUAUUCUACUUUGCUAGUGGUUUAUAUAAAAAGAAAAACACCAUUUAUUUCUUCAGCCGAGGUGUUAUAAACUCAUUGUGGCAUGCUUUUUGUAUAGAAAUGCUCUUUUGACUGUUGACACCUGGAAAUCGACUAAAGGAGGUAGCCUCAUUUUGUUUCCUUUUUACAAAAGGAGCGCAUGUUGUGAAACACAUUUUGUCUCCAAAUCAGAUAUAUUCAAAGAUGGCUAGUCCUACUGUUGAGGCCUGAGGUGACUUAGAAUAGAACAGGAAAGGAGCAAAUUAAGGGGAGAAUUACAGAAGCAUUUACAGAAAGUUUGUAGUGUUAUAGCAAAUUGGAUGACUUAAAGUCACAAAAUAUUAAAAGUAGUAAAAUUUGAAAGAAAGUCAAACAUAAACAAUUCAAAAGCAGCUUAGGCUAGCUAAGCAUCUGUUUGAGUGUAUUAUGUCCCUCAUCAGACUAAACACCACUUUGGAAAGUACCUGCUUGCCUUUUACAUAGAACCCUGACGUUAAACAGCAGUUGCCAACGGUGGCAAAUAUUUUAUAUAUAUAGGCACACCCCUAUAUAAAAGUAUAUAUCAAAACAGAUGAAUAAAAAGAGCUAUGUAAGUCUGCUUUUCUACUGAGUUGUAUAUACUUCACAUUCUCCAUCAUGCAUCCUUUUUCCAGAUCCAUUAUCGAAUCUUCUGUUCUUCCAAGGAGCUGGAUUUCAUCGUUAUUCUGUAUUUUCAGUGUGCAAUAGCUGCAAAUGGCCACCCAAGAGUAGUGGUUGACAAGUACACUAGAAGAGAUUUGGUAAAAAUGCAAGGAUUAUCCCUUGCUGAAAAUAAGCAUUUUUAAUAUGAAGAGUCCUGGAAGAGAAGUCUCCUUAAAAUCAGUAGAUCUUAAAUUACUUAAAAUUAGGUAUGUGUAUGUAUAGAUCAAUUUAUUUAGCAGUUGUUUUUUAUCCAAUCCAUUUCAUGGGAUUCAGAUAUUUCAUUUUAUAAGCUCCAUUCAUUUGCUAGCUAGAAUUACAUUUUGAGUGAGGGCAGUGCGUCCCAGAUAGUCAAGAAUCCUAGAAGUAUGCUUUCCUGUUCAGGGGGAACAAUACUGAUGUCAGUUCUCUUCUGGUGAGAGAUACUGGUCUAAUGGGACUCUCAGCUGGUGUAGAUUAUCAGUGAUAAAGAAUAUCUGCUGUGAACUAUGGCAGGUAAUUGCAGCCUUUAUCUUGGAGCACAGGUCUUACUGCGGCAGUUCAUGUCUUUGUUGCUUCCAGACUGGAUUAGCUUGGUAUCCUUUCUGCAUGCAUGUCACUUGGAAACUGCAGCUAGUCCAGCAAACGGUAUCCUGUGUACUUGAGAACAGUGUUCAUAAGCAAGCUCAUACCUGUGAGCUUCAUCACUCACAGUGGCUGCCUACUCCUUCCCAAGAGGGUAAUUUAAGAUACUGGUUUUAAUUCGUGAGGUUCUAAAUAGUACAGAGCCUGUGUAGCACAAAGCCUACUUAUCUAGCUACGGCAUUAAUGGGCAGUGGUGAUCAGUGGCUUCACUUAAAACAGCAUCUGCCCCAUUCAGUCGGGAAGGGCCUAGAAGCAAAGCUUUUUAGUGAGGUAUUCUCAACUGUGUUCCAUCCAAGCCAAAAUUUAUUGACCAUUUCAUCAUUCUGAAAAAUGUAUCUUCUGGGCAAUGGGGCUGUAAUGAAAUGGUAACCAAAUUUGGGGAGGUUAGGAAGAUUUAGCUAUUUGACCUAAUUUUUAAUCUUUCAUGUGUGACUCCAGGCUAUCCCUGGAUAUAAAGUACUUCCAGAAACCUUAAAAACUCUAAUCAGCAAGUAGAAAAUGAAAUCUCAAAGCGACAUGAAUCAUGAGUCUUAUGUCAGGUGAACCUUGUGUUUUUUCUCUUAGGAGCACAGGGGAUGUUAUUUUAAGCCUAAAGAGAAACUCUGAUUGUCAGAAAGGUACAUCCACCUGUUCUAAUUUUAAGGUAAAUACCUUGAAAAUAAAUUGCAUUGUAAGUUUGAUAGAUAGUAGUGAGCUAUAAGAGGGUUAUAUGAAGCACAUCCAGUGAUGGAGAGGUGUUAGAAGCUUCCUUGCAGAGGUUUUCUUAUCACUUAAAGUGAACAACAAAAAGGAACGCUUUGGGCUUUUACACGCUUUAGCUUUGCUGGCGAAACGUAUUAUCUUGUUCCUUUGCUGAUGUUCUUUCUAGCCUUGGCUUGACUCGGGACAUUUUUUCUUCUAUUUUCAUGUAUUAAUUAGUGAUGGCUGUCAUUAGCCGAUCAGUCUCAAGUCCUAACCAUAACUAAUGAAGAAACUUUGUGAACCAGGAGAAUUAGUUAAUAUAUAUAUUUUUUGUAGCUACAUUUUGUUUUUCUCUGCCUUGUACUCUGCAAAUGUUGAAUAGAAUCCUCUGCACUGAAUGCUAAUUUCAGCAGAGCUCAUAGUUGUUUUGUUGUUCACUUUCAAACCAGUUUUUGUGUUCAGGGUUUUUGUUA